AUGAUUGAUUUUAUAAAGGAAACAGGCGAUAUUCUCAUUACAAAAUAAAUGUCCAUGAGCUCAUUUCAAUAGAAUAGCGAAUCGAGCCCAAAAAAUCUAUUGGGUACCCACAAAUAAUUUCGCUUUCCAACAAUAUCUAAUGCAUUAUUGAAAUCAGCCAUUGAAGCCAAUUACUUAGAGGCUGACCAAAAAAAUUAUAUCAUUCGAAAUCCAAAUUAAUUAACUGUGUUUAGAAUGCACUUUGACACAAAUUCGCCUCGAACUCAAACUGCAAUGGAAAUGCUUAAGUUGCAUGUCGAAGAUCUUUAAGUGAAAGAUUAUGAGGAAUUUUAUCAAAAACGACAAGAUCCACUUCAGAACCUAAUAUCAUAUUUGCAAUAUGUAACCAACAAAUACAAAAUAUUGAAUGAUAUCCUAAAAAAAAGGAAUUAGAUCAAACACAUCCAAUCUCAAGUCUCUAAGUAAAUGAACUCUAAAAACAUUAAGUUUAAGGAUGAAUCAAUAUCAUUGGAAUAAAACGAAACGAAAAAGUAUAUCUAUGAGGAGGGACAUUCAACUAUUUUAAGUGCAACCCAAAAGAAAGAGCUUUUUGAUAAGAAAUUGAUUAAAGCAUCAGAGAAUUACAAUAAGUUUCUCAAUUUAGUCCACGAUCAAAUUAAUAAAUAAGAUGAGUAUUACAGUAAGACUGCUCCAGAAAUGUAUUAAAAAGCUGAGAGAUUGAAAUAAAAGCAAUUGGAAUUAGUGAAAAAGAAGUUGAAAAAUAAUCAUCUUAAGGUAGAUCAGAUUUGUCAAAAGGCGAAAUAGGAAGAAUAAACUCAAUAUCUAGAACACUAAAAGAUGGUUUAAGAGUUGGAGAAAGAUCAUAAUCUUCAUUAAGAAAGAAAAUAGAAAUAAUUGCAAUAGGCAUAGGAGGAAUUGUUGGAGCAAUUAAGAAAGAAGGAGGAGAAGGAAAGAGAUAGAUAGUUAAAGAGAUAAAUGCAAAUGAAUUUAGAGCAGAGCAUGAUAGAUUAGGUGAUGGAUUCAAUUAAGAAGAAGUCUGAUUAUAUGAGUGAUUAUUUACAUAAAAAGUAAGAGGAAGAUAAGAAAAGGCAUUAAUAAAAUUUGAAGAUAUUCGAGAAGAAAUAAAAGAAAUUAUAGGAGUCGUAUAUGCAGAAGGAAAAUUAAAAUGUUUAAAAUUAUUUCAGCAAAUCAACUUAAAGACAAAUUUAAAUAAAUAAGCAUGAAAUCUCUUAAUUGAAAUAGUAGAAGAGUUUAUCUUUAAAGAACAGUAGAAUAAUGAAGAGGAUUGAAUAAUUUUAGGAGUCUUUGGAUUAAAAGAGAUUUGAAGAGUUGAAUUCUAAAUUGUAGGAAACAGAUGUCAAGUUAGAGGGAGGAUUAAAAAGACAUUAAUCUCUAUUGGAUUUAAGAAAAAAUAAUUUGUCAUAGAAGAACGAACACAGAUUCAAAUUGGCAAAAUAAAAAUAAAUGGAAAAUAUGUUAGAAAAAAUACAUAAACAAAAUAAAAUUUUAUAAAAAAAUCUCGAAAUUACUUAGAAAAAUGAAAAAUUAAAAUAAGAAUAAGAAUUUUUAGAGAAAUAUAAAAAAGAAUAAUUAUAAGAUCAUGUUAUUUAGAGAAACAUUUUGACUUAAAAAUUAUCAUCUUGA